ACUUUAACUGGCUUUGAAACUACAAAUGCAAAAAAAAAUCAUGAAAAAACAUCAAAUGCUGUAUGUCGGAUUCAAUAUUAUGAAUAAGGGAACCAAGUGGCUUGGUUCUUUGUUUCAAAAUUCAGAGACUGGUUUUGUAAUAUGCAUAACAGAACCAACCAACUUGAUUCUCUUUGUUGUGUAGUCUUCAUCUUGAUCAGCUGUUUUGCAUACAGGAACCAAGUUUGAAGUUAGAUAAACCUGCUUGCAAUACAAUAAUAAUAGAGUAACAUAAAUGAUUGUUUUAUGUCUGUAUUGUGUCUAAGUGUUACAAAAUGGAUAUAAAGAGAAGAACUUUGUUAAUUAUGGAAAUGGCAAAAGUUCAAACCCCUGAUUCUUCUGAACCAGAUCAUGAGCCUACGUUAUUGGAAACUGAUCAGGAGUCGACAAAUAUACAACAAGAGCAUAGCUAUGUCUGCAAUGAUAGUCCUAUAUCACAUAAACCUACACAGAAUGAAGGAGAAAACGGUGUAGAUCUCAAUGAAAUGUUGGAAAAUAACAUGCCUGAUUUGGAUACAAGCUACCUGGAUAUUUCAAAAAUGGAAAUUGUGUACGACUUUCCAAAUAUUUCAUUUGAUACCAGCAAAUCACAAGAACCUAGUCUAACAGAUUCAAUAUUAGAUGAUGGUGAUAGUGUUCAAUUAUCUGGUGCUAUUGAAAUUACAGAUAAUAUUGGAAGAAUGAUGGUAGAAAAUGGAACUAACCAUGCACCAGAUGAUCUUAACUCUUUUCAUAUUGUUCCUCAUCUGGAAAUGGAAGAGCAUGAGGUAAGAAAAAGGAAUACAAAUUUUAACAUACAUAAAUUCUUUUCAGGUCCGUAAAAAAUCUUCCAGUUAUCUGGUAGAGAUCUCUUAAUGUCUUAAAAUUAUUGAUCGUUUGUAACAUAUCUUUGCUCCGGCUCUUAGGCUAUGGUACUGUCAAUGUUGUAUUUUAUGAAUAGAUCAUAACCAGAAAAUCAGUCGGCUGUACUACUAACUCAACUAAAGAUUUUUAUUUUAAAGAUGUUAUGUCUAAAAUAAAUGGUUGAAAAUGAAUAUUUAUUAAAGUAUACUUUAUACCCAAGUAAUAUUUUUACUCAAGUUUUACUGAAAUGUGUUUAAAGAAAACUCAUUCAUUCUCCCAGCAUGUGAUUGAGCAUCCAAGUAAUUAAAUCCAUGAUCUCUUAAACUUAAGUCCAAGACACUAACCAUUAGACUAGCAAACUGCCUAUUAUGACCCUGAAGCUAAUAAUCUGUU